CACCGAUACAAUGGCAACCACGGCCAUUCACGGCGCAUCGUCGUCGACACUGCCCAACACGGCGGGUAGCAGCUCGACGAUUGGGGGCGCAAAGUCAAAUGCAAACGGCAUCUCGUCCUUUUACGCCUCCAAGAUCUCCCAAUACCAGAUUCUCAUCAAUGACAAGACACACAACCUCAGACGUCUCGAGGCUCAGAGGAAUCAGCUCAACGCUAGGGUCAGGCUACUCAGGGAGGAGAUGCAGCUCUUGCAGGAGCCGGGCAGUCAUGUCGGAGAAGUCAUCAAGGUCAUGAGCAAGAAGAAGAUUCUCGUAAAGGUGCAGCCUGAGGGCAAGUACGUCGUCGACUUCGACUCAUCGAUCCCAUUGGCCGAGCUGAAGCCAACAAUCAGAGUGGCCCUACGCUCAGACUCAUAUCAGAUCCACCGUAUUCUGCCGAACAAGGUGGACCCUCUGGUGUCUCUCAUGAUGGUAGAGAAGGUGCCUGACUCGACAUAUGAGAUGGUUGGAGGACUAGAUAAGCAGAUCAAGGAGAUCAAGGAAGUCAUCGAGUUGCCUGUCAAGCACCCGGAGCUAUUCGACAGUCUUGGUAUUGCUCAGCCAAAGGGAGUGCUCCUCUACGGACCUCCUGGUACUGGAAAGACGCUGCUGGCAAGAGCUGUCGCACACCACACAGACUGCCGCUUCAUCCGUGUCAGUGGAAGUGAGCUGGUGCAGAAGUACAUCGGUGAAGGUAGUCGAAUGGUGAGGGAGCUGUUCAUCAUGGCCAGAGAGCACGCUCCUUCAAUCAUCUUCAUGGACGAGAUUGAUUCGAUUGGAUCGAGCAGGAAGGAGGGAGGCAGCGGAGGUGGAGACAAUGAGGUGCAAAGAACCAUGCUGGAGCUCCUGAACCAACUGGACGGUUUCGAGGGCACAAAGAACAUCAAGGUCAUCAUGGCCACCAACCGAAUCGACAUUCUCGACCCGGCCCUUCUGCGACCUGGACGUAUCGAUCGAAAGAUCGAGUUCCCCCCUCCCGGUCCCGAAGCACGAGUCUCAAUUCUGCGCAUCCACUCGCGCAAGAUGUCACUACAGCGCGGCAUCAAUCUGCGGGCCCUGGCGGAGAAGAUGGGUCAAAUCUCAGGAGCCGAGGUGAGGGGUGUGUGCACAGAAGCAGGCAUGUACUGUCUCAGGGAGAGGAGGACCGUGGUCAGCUCUGCCGACUUUGAGCUGGCGAUUGGAAAAAUCUUGGGCCAAAAGCUGGGCGGCGAGGACUCGAAGAACAAGCUGUACUUGUGAUUGUACUGACGAUAGAGGGCGCUCGUCUGCAAUUCAGAAUAUUGUCAUCUAUUGCGGCAUGAUUGGCGGUACGAACAAGUAGACAGCCAAGAGCACACCUUUAUCGGCUGCUGGGUGCGACGGCAGUGAAGCCACCAUCGACAGCAAUGACCUGUCCUGUAGCGAAUUGACAGCUUGACAGGAACAAGAUUGCCUGUGCCAUAUCCUCCUCUAAUCCAAUCCUUCCCGCCGGGUUGCUCAUUCCCUUGUCAACAUCAUCCGCACUGCUCAAUCCACCACUCUCCAAUGUACUCUU